ACUCUCUGCCAACCUGUGAGAAGCUAGAAAGCGGAAUAGCGAGAGGGAGGGAAGCGGAAGAGAGUGAGAGGGAAAAGGAGAGAAUGGAUUUUUGGAAGGAAAUAAACAGAGCAGCCUGGAGAUCGACCUUUCCGUCACCAGUUGUGGCAUCCAGGGAUAGCACCUCUCCCGUGUCUCUGUAUGAGGGGGCAACAGCGCUUGGACUUCAGUUUUACGGACAAGCAUGCUGUCAAUGGGAAUCCCACUGUGGAGCCUUUUCCAGAAGGCAUGGAGACCAUCAUGUUUGGUUUGGGCUGUUUCUGGGGAGCUGAGAGACUUUUUUGGCAGCUUCCUGGAGUCUUCUCCACACAGGUUGGCUACGCCGGCGGCUUUACACCCAACCCAAAUUACCAAGAAGUUUGCUCAGGUCUGACGGGUCACAAUGAGGUGGUGAGGGUGGUCUUCUCCCCGGAAAACGUUAGCCUGGAGGUACUACUUAAACGCUUUUGGGAAAAGCACGAUCCCACACAAGGUAUGAGGCAGCAGAAUGAUCGAGGUACUCAAUAUCGUUCAGCCAUUUACACAUCCAACCCCACUCAACAGGAUCUUGCAUUGAAGAGCAAAGUGGCCUUCCAGCAGGAGCUGGAUAAAAAAGGCUACGGUCCCAUCACCACAGAGAUUCUGGAGGGGCAGCAGUUUUACUACGCUGAGGACCAUCACCAGCAGUACCUGAAAAAGGUACCGAAAGGCUACUGUGGCCUCAAAGGCACCGGAGUGUCCUGCCCCAUCGGAGCCGGGAAGGAUGAAUUAUAGGAAUGUGUGGUGAGGGAGAAAUGAGGAGAAUUUAUGAGGUUGUUUUUCACAUAAAAAUGUUCAGCCUUAAUCUCAUUUAGUUUUAAAAGUAUCCAUAGUUAAAAAUGUCCUUUUGGCAUAUGUAUUAAUAUUAAUAACAAACAAAUAAUAACCUAUUUGUCAGAUUGUUAAUACAUCAAAAUGCUUUUCAAUAAGAGUUUCAGUUUUGUUUCUACAAAGCAGUCUUGUCAGCUAUGUAAAAACAAUAAUGUGUAAAAUGUAUUUGAACACUUAAAGGGUAUUCAACUCUGUGUUGUUGUUGCUUUUAAUUAAGUCGGAAAAAGACAAAUUGCUUAAAACAAGGACAAAUGAAUUGGACACAGAUGUAACAUAAACAUGUAACUACUUUACACAGAUGUAAAAAUAUAUAUACAAGUGUAUGUAAAAACAUAAUAGUCUGCACUGUUCUCUAUACAGUACAAACACGAGAGCAAUGUCAGACUUUUGCAUUUUACAUCAAAUGCAUUUAAACAGUAUUAAAAGACAAUAUGAAGGUAAAUGAAAAACGGGAAAUACACUUGAAGUAGUCAUGCAGCUGUGGCAGUCAUGUUUGACUGCAGCAACACUGAGCUUCCACAAGGUGGCAAUGUUCCUCAAAGAACACAGUAAAGCCCCAUCAGUGUUUUACUUAGCUGAGAAACCAUGAAACCAACACUUUCUCUUCCUAAGUUGGUUCAUUGGAAGAAAAUAAACCUACUCAGUGGUUUUAUUAUCCAGCAACCUAUUAUUUUUACAUCCAUCUUAAAGCUUGAACACUGACCCUGUUUAGACUUUACUGUCAGAUUUCUUGAAUAUACCGUCUAAUACAAUCAGCUUUUUAAAAGGAAAACCAGCAUAUCUUUUUUAACACACUGUUUUUUAUAUUACUUUGAAAAGCUGUUCAUGUAAACAAGUUUACAUUGACCAAGAAGACAGACUGAACACUGCUUGUCUCACUUAUAUAUAAAUAAAGCACAUCUUAUCCAACCUUCUG